GCGUUCCAAUCUAGGAUAGUGCCAAUUUGGUACGAUUUAACACCGUUCAUUGGGUCAAAAUGUAUCAUUCAACAGACAAAUCUAAGAAUUGUCAUUUUACAGAGAUAAAAUACACUUCCAUACCUCCUGUAACCCAGUUGUAAGUCUUGUUUAGAAACGUUUAUUGCACAACUUUAGAACAAACAACAGACGGGCCAAUGGCACUCGGUAUCCAAAAAAAGAAUGCCAAAAAGUCGAGAGGUUUGUUGUAAAUUUGUGUCAUAAUAAAAAAAAAAGACAGGGUCCUUUAUUGUAUGCUAUUUAAUGGUUGGGGGAAAAAAAGGUAAAGUGUUUUGCAACCUAGUUCAUAAUUGACAAAGCUGAAAAGUUUAACUGAUUUCUGGGACAUCAUGUGAUACUUUUCCCAAAAUAUCUAUUAUUGUGCCAAUUUAAACCAAAUAUAUUUCUGGACUAUGGACCGCUUCACACUCCCACUUUUAAAGGUAUUUGUUUAUCCUUUUGAACUGUUUUAAUAAGAGCUGUGGAUACAAACCACAUUACAUACGAGACAUUAAAAAGGAUGAUUUGUAGAAAGAUUUGUCAUUGAUUUCUCCCAGGCUCAUCAGAAAUAUUGAGAUAUAUAGAUUGAUCAAGUCAACCCCUAAGUCAAAAAGACAAAUAUCAACCUUAGCCAACUUCACUGACCCAACAACCCACCUGUAUCGGGUAUAGCUGCCUUGAUCCCUACCACCACGUUGGUACAUUUCAUUAACUUUGAAUCCAUUGAAUUUAGUCCUCAAAUUUCCCUCAGUGAUUUUUUUGACUACCGUACAAGCAUGAAACUAAGCAGAGGCAUACUAAAGAUCUGUUAUCUUGUUAAUAAAUUAAUAGAUAAUCUAAAACAAACAGAAUGCUUGAUUAUCUGUUGCUACCAGUGCUGGGUUAUUAGAAGAUCCAUGGAUAUGAUCGAAUGAGCAAGAGAAACAGUAAAUGUUGAACCAAAAUGCGUUUUCUAAUACUGCUGCUUAGCAUUUCUGCACUGAUACCGGCAGCUGAACAAAAGCCAUUAUGCUUAAUCACUGCUCCAAACAUUGUUCAUGUUGGAGUGGACGAGACUGUGUCAGUUCAGGUGCAUGGAGCCACGAAUCCUGUUAAUGUUGAGCUUUUCUUUGAGGAUCAGAUAAACAAACAAAAGGUGUUAUCAAGUAAAGUUCAUUUGUCACUCAAUGAGAGAAACAACUAUCAGGAAAUUGUGAAGUUGAAGGUGGAUCCAAAAUUAAUCAAAAACUUGGAAAAAGGCAAACGCCACAGGUCACCAUAUGUCUCUCUUGUAGCUCAGAGUACAGCUCUUUUUGAUGCAAAAUAUGAAAGAGAUCAACUUAUUCUUGGGCACAUAAGGAAAACAAAUAUCCUCUUGUCAACCAGAAAGGGUUAUAUUUUCAUUCAGACAGAUAAACCCAUCUACACACCAAACGAAAAAGUCAAAUUCAGAAUCUUCACAUUGGAUGACUACAUGACACCUAUAGAAGAAACGAUUAAAAUCAGCGUAUUUAAUUCUAAAGGUUUGUUGGUCUACAGUGUUUGGAAGAGAACCAAUCAAAUUAUUCAACAAGAUCUAACAAUCCCUGACGUUGCGCAGGCUGGUAACUGGCGAAUUGUAGCUUCGUUUCAAGACUACCCAAUGACUAAUUCUACAGCAGAAUUUGAGGUCAAAGAAUUUGUUCUUCCUACUUUUGAAGUGAAGAUAACGUUGUUUCAGUCUUACUAUAUUCUAAAGGAGGCAUCCUUUCCGUUUAAUAUUACUGCAAAAUAUACUUAUGGAAAAGGCGUCAAUGGUGUAGCAUAUGUGAGGUUUGGCAUCAUUGAUGAACAAGGCAACACAAUCUUUUUACCUGGAAUUGAACAACAAAUUUCAAUUCAAUAUGGUUAUGGAAAUGUCAACCUGAAAACUGAAUCUCUGCUUAAAACAGCUAAUAUCAUUCAUUUAGAAGGAUUCCGUCUAUAUAUAGCAGUGACUGUUGUAGAAACUACAAGUGGAGAUCUGGAAGAGACAGAAAGCAGUAGUGUGAAGUUUGUGAUUACACCAUAUACUGUUGACCUGUCAAGAACAAAGCUAACAUUCACACCUGGGGGACCAUUUUCUAUACUGGCUACAGUAUCUUAUCCAGAUGGCACUCCUGCCUCCAACCUGCUUAUGAAAGCCAUUGUCCAGGUGUCAGAUGACCAGCAGGAGAACAUCAUCCUGGAACAGUUUGGUAACAAUGAGGGCGAAGUUGCAUUGACAGUUAAUGCCCCUCGGACAGCAACCACUCUUAAUAUAAAGGUUAUAGCAGAAGGAAAAGAAAGUAAUGAUGAAUCCCUGACAGUCACAGCCUUCCAGUCUUCCAGCAAGAGUUACCUCAGUAUUGUGGUGCCCCACACUAUCCUGGGUCAAAAUGAUAUUUUAAACGUUAUCUUUAAAGAGGCCAUACCUUCUGGCAUUCCUAGAGCGACACACAUUUACUAUAUGAUCAUAAGCAAAGGAAAGACUAUACGAGCAGAUAGAGUACAACUGACGGCAGACACUACAAUCAGCCUUCCCUUUAACCACGACCUGGUCCCUGCCUUUCGCUUGAUCGCCUACUAUUACAUAAGUGUGCAGGGAAGGACUGAAAUCAUUGCAGACUCUGUCUGGGUUGAUGUUGAGGAUGUCUGCAAGGGCAAGAUACGAGUAACAGCCUCUAAAGAGGAAUAUAAACCAGCAGAAAAGGUGGAGUUUUUAAUUGAAGCAGAUCAGGCUGACAAAGUUGCUGUGGCUGUGGUCGACACUGCAGUUUAUAUUCUCAACAAACAGAAUAAACUGACUUCCAAAAAGAUAUUUGACUAUAUGAAUUCCUAUGACCUUGGCUGUUCAGUUGGAGGAGGUACUACCACUGAGACUGUUUUCCGUGAUGCUGGACUGACAUUUAUAUCCAAUGAAAUAACAUCAGACCCACGUACUGAAUACAACUGCAAAAAAGGAAAAGGAAGACAGAAAAGAUCAUUUAAUUUUCAAGGCGACUUCUCCAAGUUUGUAAACCAAUAUACAAGUAAGCCGUUGAAGAAAUGCUGCUAUGAUGGGGCAAAGCUCAGUCCGAUGAACCUGCCAUGUGCAAAAAGACUCAGGAAGGUCCAGCACACAUCAAGUGAAUGUAAAGCUGCCUUUUUAAAAUGCUGCGAACAGGCCAGCGACCUGAGGAAAAAACUAAAGCAAAAGAGGCUCACAUCAAAUUUAGCAAGAGUGGCUGACAAUAAGGAAGAGGAUGUUUUUGAUGAAACAUCCAUUCAUCUGCGAAGUUACUUCCCACAGAGUUGGUUAUGGGACAUAUUCGAUGUGCCACAAACCGGAAAACUGCAAGUGGAUAAAGCAAUUCCAGAUUCACUAACCACGUGGGAAAUUCAGACCAUAGGCAUAUCUAAUAACAAAGGAUUCUGUAUAGCUGAACCUACUCAAUUUAGAGUCUUCCAAGAUUUUUUCAUAUCUUUGAAAUUACCUUAUUCUGUGAAAAGGAAUGAGCAACUGGAAGUGAAAGCUGUAGUGUUUAAUUAUCAACCUAAAGCUUUAGAGGUUACUGUUAAAUUGAAAACCGUUGAAGGAAUUUGUAGCCCUGGAAACGCAGAUGCUCGGCAGACGGUGACAGUCCCAGGAAAUUCUGCCGUGCCAGUUUAUUUCAGUAUGGUGCCUUUGAUUAUCGGAGACAUCCCCAUACAUGUCACUGCAUACGCCUCAGAAGACAUUUCAGAUGCAGUGGAGAAGAAACUUAAAGUUGUGGGAGAAGGUGUUCUUGUAACUGUUCCAAAAGAAUACAACAUCAAUGGAAAAACAGAUCGUUUGACUGUUGAUCUCUCGCCCCCUGAUAAUUCUAUCCCAGGGUUAGAAUCAGCCACUUUCCUCAGUAUUAAGGGAGGUGUAAUGGGAGAAUCUGUAGAGAACUGUCUCACUGUGGAUGGCAUUGAUAAGCUGAUCCAGCUUCCAACCGGAUGUGCUGAACAAACCAUGGUGAAAAUGUCUCCAGCAAUACAUGCCAUUAAAUAUCUUGAUGCCAGUGAGCAAUGGAUAUAUCUGAAAGCUGAACGCAAAGAUGAAGCCAUUCAAAUGAUUCAAAGUGGCUACAAUAGAGUGCUGCAACACAAGAAAGAUGAUGGAUCAUAUGGUGCAUUCCUUUCCACCCCCAGUAGCAUAUGGUUAACUGCAUUCAUUGCCAAAGAACUGGUAAGAAGUGGAGAUUACAUAAAUGUUGAAGAUCAGUACAUUCAACAAUCUAUUUCCUAUAUCAUGUCAAAACAGCUACCAGAUGGUGGAUUCAAUGACCCAAACCCUCUAUAUGACAGAACCAUGCAGGGUGGAGUUGGAGGGGUUGAAGGUGAUGUGUCUCUGACAGCCUUUGUGGUGAUUGCAAUGCAUCACUCAUUAAAAGCUCAUACAGAAGUUCAAAUUAUACAAGUGAAUAAAGUUAUUGAUGAAGCUGUAAGGUAUUUGAAAGGAAAAAUCAUGUCCCUUGAACGGCCCUUCGCUGUAGCCAUCACUGCGUAUGCUCUGGCGCUUGUGAAGCCUGGAAGUGAUGCAGCCAAUCAAGCACAACAACGACUUCGAGAACUGGCUCAGUGUGAUGAAGUCCAAACUAUUUGCCAUUGGCAAGCAAAUGAAGAUCUUAGACUAGCUGAAGAAAAGAGAAAGCAACGCGUACCCCAAGCAGAAUCCAUAUCGGUGGAAACCACAGCUUAUGCUUUGCUGCAGACUUUACUGGUAAAUGAUAUAACCUACGCCACCCCCGUCGUCCGGUGGUUAACAGAGCAAAGGAAGAAAGGAGGGGGAUUCCGUUCAACACAGGAUACAGUUGUUGCUUUAGAGGCCCUUUCCCAGUACAGUAUUCAAACAUUAGACACAGAGGACAUUGAUUUAAAAGUGGAGCUCUGCUUUGGGAAAGGCAAGAAGGAUAUUAUACAACUGGGGAAAAGCAAUGCAUUAACACAGCCAACUAUUGAGGUACACUCAGAAGCAAACAUUGUAGUUAAUGGACAAGGACAAGGAAAUGCAACAUUAACUGUGGAACACACAUAUCGGACAAUGAAGCUGACGGAUAAUUCAUGCGAUUAUUUUAAUUUACAUGUGGCUGUGCAAGGCGAAGUACAGUACAAACCUAGUGUUGAUUAUGGAGUUGACUUGACUGACUACUAUAACUAUGAAGACGGUGACAGUCCUGCUCCAGAUGAACCCAUGAGCAGAAUUGAGUGGUUUGAUAUACGAAGUAGGAGAAGAAGAGAUGUGGCAGACCCCAAGACAAAGGAGAGCACCCUCAACUAUAAUGUCUGUGUAAGCACUAAGGCGAAGAACUUCUCUGGAAUGGCAAUAGUAGAUAUCUCUCUUUUGAGUGGUUUGGAGCCAGAUAUACAGGAACUUCAAGACCGGGCAGAGAGCACAGAAAAAUAUAUUGAACGUUAUGAUUUGGGAGCAGGAAAAGUAUUCCUCUACUUUAACAUGAUCUCCGAGGAGGAGGACUGUGUGAUUUUUAGAGCAAAACAAAUUGCUCCCAUUGGACUAGUGCAACCUGCCAAUGCAGUCAUCUAUGAUUACUAUAAUCCACAUAUUAGAUGUGGCGUGUUUUACAGUGCACCCAAGCAAAGUAAAAUGGUGUCAAAGCUGUGCAGCGGAGGAGUGUGUCAGUGUGCAGAAGGUCGCUGCCCAAAAAUUAAAUCAACGUUUAGUAAGAACAUGGAUGAAAACACUCGCAUAGAGUUUGCAUGCUUCGAACACAUUGUGGAUUAUGCAUACAAAGUCAAGGUACUCAACAUAACCCAAGAUGGUGUCUUUGAUUAUUUUGCGGUUCAUAUUAUCAAACCCUUUCGAUUAACUAAGGAUGAAGCAUUGCUAACAGCUGACAACAUCCGAUACUUGAUAAAACAGAAAUCCUGUGAGCUUGAAAUGAAAGUGGAUAAAACAUAUCUGUUAAUGGGUAAAGAUGGUACCACCACGGAUUCUAGUGGAAAGCUACAGUAUUUCCUUGACCAUGAAACAUGGGUAGAAGAGAUUCCUGAGGAAAGGAAGUGCAAGUCAACCAAGAGCAGAGAAGCUUGCUCUCUGCUUCAUGAAUUCAUGGAUCGGUACGAGAGAGACCAAUGCAUGAUGAAGCGAUAAAUGGCACAGCUUGGUGGAAGCUUUACUACAGACCUACUUCAUACUAUUUGGUUCUGUCCUAACCUAACAAAGUAAAGCUUUUUUUAUCUGUUGUCAUUUGUUACUGCUAGAUAUAUGCCUCAUUUUUUUCCAAGCUAAACACUAUUAUGUCUACCAAAUGUAAUGCACAUUUGAGGACUGAUAUAAACAGUUAUUGCUUUGUCUAUUUCUUAUAUUUGUAAUUGUUAAUUUGUUUUGGUGGUUUGAUCAAAUCAGAAGUUUUAGUAGUCUUUCAAUAAAAAUAAUAACCAAG